AUGCCGUCGUCAUCACUGAUUAUUCCCUUCCUUUUGUUGGGAUUCUGCUUGAUCGGGUUACAAGCCGCGGAUGAUCUCCCGGAAAAUUCCAGCGGCGAUGUCUGCCCCAGGGUGUCGAAUCCGGAUCCUGGCGGGUGCCCGAUAAACUGUUUCCGGGCGGAUCCGGUUUGCGGAGCGGAUGGAGUCACGUACGUGUGCGGUUGCCUCGACGCAGCGUGCCAUGGAGCUCGUGUAGUCAAAACAGGAGCUUGCGACGCAGGUAAUGCCGGAAGUGCUUCUGUUCCUGGCCAAGCUCUGUUAUUGAUUCAUAUCGUUUGGCUCUUUUUGCUCGGUCUCUCCCUUGUCGCUGGUGUUUUCUGA